AUGUCUCUACCACCACUCAAGGGAUUAAGAGUCUUGGAGUUGGCGGGCUUAGCUCCGUCAAACUUCGCCGGUCUCAUUCUUGCUGAUUAUGGCUGUGAUGUUGUCCGUGUUGACCGCCCUGGCGAAGUCUUCGGUCCCAAAGACUCGCUUGUAAGAGGCAAGCGAUCCAUAGUCAUCGACCUGAAAUCCGACAGCUCUCGAAAUGUCUUCCUGCGUCUCGCCAACGCUGCUGACAUAGUCAUUGAUCCCUAUCGACCUGGGGUACUGGAUCGCUUAGGUGUUGGCGCCAAUGUACUCUGCGCUUCGAACCCGCGAUUGAUAUAUGCUCAGCUUUCCGGGUACAGAGCAGACAGCCUGGUCUAUGGUCAGCGUGCCGGCCAUGACAUCAACUAUCUCGGCGUAUCCGGAGUCCUCUCGCUCUUUGGCCGUAAGAAUGAAGCUCCCGCUCCCCCUGGCAAUAUCCUUGGAGACUUUGCCGGAGGUGGUCACGUCCUUGUUACUGGAAUUCUCCUUGCGCUUAUUCAUCGAAGCUCGACAGGUCGAGGACAAGUCGUCCGCGCCAAUAUGGUGGACGGGGCCGCAUAUCUGGCAACGAUGCCCCGGCAGCAUCUCACACAACCUGCUUGGAACAGACCCAGGGGCGAGAAUCUGCUGGAUGGUGCGGCUCCAUUUUACGAGGUAUACAAGACGGCAGAUGACAGGUAUAUUACUGUUGGUGCACAAGAGCCUCAAUUCUACGCUCAGCUCUUGACUGGCCUUGGCAUGAACUCUUCGGAGCUUCCAGACCGCAAUGAGCGUACUAACUGGCCUGCUUUGAAGACAAUUUUCGCCAACAAAUUCAAACAGAAAACGCUGGCAGAAUGGCGAGCAAUCUUCGACCACACCGACGCCUGUGUUGCACCUGUUCUGCAUAUGGAUGAGACUGAGUCGCCUCAUAAGCCAUUGGUCGAGCUAUCUGAGUCUCCAUCCCUGGACAUUUCGGAGCAGCAGUUAUUCCCACAGCUGUCCAAGAAUCAUGGGGCUGGCAACCUUCUGAGAGAAUGGCUCCCGCGAGAUUUUCGAAACAUCGUUGUCGACGAUAUUGGUUCUCGGGUAUUAGCUCCGAAGUUGUAG